GCGACGUCCAUGUGCAGUCCAGCAUUCACAUAACAUCUGGGCAAUUUGCACAUUUGAUCUGCGUCGACAUUACUCCGUAUUCACAUCCGUACGGUUGUCGUCCUCCGCGAGGAGUGCUGGAUCGUGGCUUUGCCGAAAUAUCUUGUCAUCGAAUUCCCGCAGCAACCGAAUCGUUUCCCUGCCUGAGCUCCUCGACAGCGCUACGUACAAGUUGAAUAGGCUCAGACCGCCUGACGGCGGCGUGGCUAUGUCGAUGAUGACCCGGCCUAAAGUUUGUCCCUGUGAACGGUAGUCGGUGAACGCGUAGGCCCCCGUAACUGGAUACUGUCGUCUUCGGAUGGUCUUCGUUACACUGGCCCCGCCCGAUAUGGUGGUCUUCACAUGGUAUGUCGCUUUCCCUGGUUCGACCGGUAUCACACCUGCUGUUAAGUUCGACAGUUUCCCCGCUCGAGUGCGUUCAAACUUGACCAAGAUGAAAACUGGCAGGCGUGUCAAGUGUACCACCGCCUCCUGACCGAUGGGAGGUUCGUCGGGAUCCAGUAUAAUCUCCUCGAUUGUUCCUCGUGCUCCGUUUGUGAGGUCCAAAUCGGUCUCUAUAUUGCUUGUCACCAUCAGUUCCAUGCCGACCGC